AUGGACAAGCGGAAGGUCAACGGGGGAGGAUCGCAUGCAGAUGAUAUAGACGAACGCGCUGCGAAGAGAAGAAAGGCCGGUGACCAUGUCGAUAGCACCAGCGCAGAAACCCCAGAAACCACGGCCCAGACGGGUCUGCAGCUCGUUGAGACUCUCAAGCUGACCGCUGAUAAAAGUGGUCGACAAAUUUCUACGGCCUUCCUUACCCUCCCAAGCAAACGAGACCUACCUGAUUAUUACGAUGUUAUCAAGAUGCCGAUUGCCAUCGAUACGAUUGAGGCAAAGCUGCGUCGGCGCGAAUUCCCCAACCUUUCGGUACUCGAAAGUUGGUUCAAACGGAUGAUCUCCAACGCCAAAGAAUACAACGAGAGAGGUUCAGAAAUAUAUGAUGACUCGGAGCGUCUACGAAAAGCUUUGAGCAACUUCAUGACUAGGCAUAACCCCGCUUACAAGACACCUGGUUAUGUUGCUUUGCCUGUACCAAUACAAAGUACUAGCCACAUCGAUGGACCUGCUAGCGAUAAUGAAGCAGAUGCCGAAGGAGAACCGGACCCUGAGGUCGAGGCUCCAGUUGUAGUCAAACGAAAACCCAGCCGUCCAGUGAAGAACGUACAAGCCCAAAGAUCUAGUGCAACCCCUGCGUUAUCUGAGAACCAGUAUGUUGGUGUUGGAUUCGAAGGCCUCAACUUUCAACAGGCUCAGGAGAAAAUCAUUGAAGACAUGAUUCGCAAGAAGGAGUUCGAGGAGGACGAAUUUGCUCAUUUCGAGCCCUUUCUCAUCCUUCCAUCUCGAACGGACUACAAGGAUUACUACAAAGUAAUUAAGAAUCCCGUAAGCUUGAAGACAUUCCAAAAACGUGUCAAGGGAUCUCAGGGUAGAAAUGCUGCUCCCAACGCAUCGGACUUCAAGAAUUGGGCUGUUUUCGAGGAGGAAGCUAGUGUCAUAUGGAAGAAUGCGUAUGAAUACAAUGAAGAUGGUAGCAGUAUCUUUGCGCUCGCUCAGGAGCUAGAGAAAACCUUCAAGAAGUAUCUCCAUGAAGCCAAGACCGCUGUCCCAGAGCCCGCUGGCACGAAGAUCAAGCUCAAGCUGAAUGAUGGACCUAAAGAGAAGAUCAUGCUCAAGUUUGGGAGCAAGUCCAGUCCUGCUGCAUCUCCAGCUCCGCAGCUUGCACCUCAAACCAAUGGUUCGACGAGUGCUGUCGCCGCAACGAAUGGAGCAUCACGUAGAAAUCCUUUCAGUGGCUCCCAUUCAUCUGCUACUCCAGCCCCUAAUGUAGUUCAAUUGGAGCGAGCAAGAAGUGCAUCUGGGUCCGCACCGUCCCCAUCGCCCUCGAAUUCCGCAUUGGUCAAAAAUGAAGAAGCUCGGAACUCGCCAGCUAUUGGAGCAGCCUACAAUUAUCGUGGUCCUAGUCAAGCUGUCUCAACACCAGGACUUUCUGGAACUGGCAUGCUACCACCAUCGACUCCUAGCGUACCUAGUGCCUACAAUACUAGUGGCUAUGCUCAGUCAUUCAAUCACGUCCCACAAAGCUCGGUCAAUCCAAGCUUCGAGGCAAUGUGGAGAGUACCAGGAAAAGAUGCAUCAGAUGCUAUGAUUUCGAAUCUCAGCCUGGCAACACAUCCUGGUCUCAAUAUAACUAAGCAUUUCAAGAUGGAUAUCCCACCGUCCCCAACUAUGGCCCAACAAUCGGUUACCAUCACCCUUCCCUCGAGUCAUUUCCUCGUGCAGAUCAAGCCAACAAUUUCUGCUUCCCUCCUCGAGCGUCAGUAUAAACUCUUUGUCACAAACGGCCAUCAACGAUUACAUGCCAUGCCAACGAUCCCCACCCAUUCUGUCGAUACCAGACUUCCUCUUUUCGAAGCUCGUCUUAGCACUGGAGUGAACCGUAUUGAAGUUGAAUUGAUCGCUGCGUUGCCGAAGGGUGCUGCAAAGCUAGCAAAUGGACAAGACGUGGAAUUAGAGAAAAUUACUGUGUUUGCUAAUCUUUUGAGAUCAGAAUAG